AUGCUUCCUGCUACAACACCACCACGAACCCCACAACGACUCGACUCGGACUCGGACAUUUCUACAUCGCAAUUACCAGCUAUCAAAGCACAUCUCUCACAUUCGAGGCCGAGGCGGAGGCCGCCGAGACCUGGGAUUCACUCGAGGAGAUGGACACUAUGCUCCAGGGGAUGGCAGCCGAAGGAGGUUCUUGCAGCCAAGCACAUUGAGAUGAGCGCCAGGCUCGAUGCCGCUGUUGCGCUCAAGGAAGAGUGUGGUGCUUGCUGCAUAGACAAGCUCGAAGCCGCUGUUGCGCUCAAGGAGAAGCAUGAACGCCAAUCCGGAUGCCGCCAUUGCGCUGAAGGAAGAGCAUAUCACUCGCUGGUUGGGCACUCUCUCCAUAGUUUGGUUGGGGUCAUCCAGAUGAACGCCAAAAUCGAUCCCGCCAUUGCACGGAAUGAGGCGCAUGUCGCUCGCCGCUUCUCCCUCUCCACGCCGAAGACGACGCACAUCGACAUGAACGCCAAACUCGAUCCCGCCAUUGCGCUCAAUGACAAGCAUGUCCCUCGCCGCUUGACCCUCUCCAUCUUGAAGACGAUGCACAUUCAGAUGAACGCCAACUCGAUACCGCCACCGCGCUCAACGAGGAGUAUGUCGCAUGCGGACACCCUCUCCACACUCAAGAAGUUUCGCAUUGAGGAAGAGCUCGCCAAGGAGGAUGAUUCCCAGGUCAACGGGUUGGACAGCCUCUCUAUGUCCAACAAGAUGCGCACUGAGGAGAAGGAGCUCGCAAGGGAGAAGCUUGCGCUUCAGGAAGAGCACACGCAUCGAGGAAGCCAUGCUCAAUGGCUUGAAGCAGGAGGACAGAUGCGCAUUGAGGAUGAGCUCGACAAGGAGGAGGCCAAGCUCAAUGGCUUGAGGCAGCAGGAGCAUGGCGCUCGUUCCUUGGGCACACCCUUCAUGCGCAAGAAGAUGCGCACCGAGGAGCCCACGGAGGAGGCCGAGCUCAAUGGCAUGAGGCAGCAGGAGCAUGGCGCUCGUUCCUUGGGCACACCCUUCAUGCGCAAGAAGAUGCGCACCGAGGAGCCCACGGAGGAGGCCGAGCUCAAUGGCUGGGAGGAGGAGGAGGAGGAGUGGGAUUCUCGGCUUGGAGUCUACAUGCGCAAGAAGAUGCGCACCCAGGAGCUGGCCAAGGAGGAGGCCGAGCUCAAUGGCUUGGAGCAGGAGGAGUGCAAUUCUCGGCCUAGACAUCCUCUCCAUGCCCAAGAAGACGCGCAUCGAGGAGGAGCUCGCCAAGGAGGAGGAACGUCGAACACCGAACUCGCAGGUCCUGACUCCAAUCCACCCUAA